AUGCCAAGUUAUCAGCUAAGCGCUAUGUGCAUGAUUAUGAGAAAGAGAGAGGCCCGAGAGUUGAUAGAGGAAGUCUGUGAUGAACUAGCCAAGGAAAUUGGAGAGGACAAAGCUGAAGUCGGAGCAGUGAGAAGAGAAUCGAUGAAAUUCCUAGAGGAGGUGGAAGAAGAGAGGAAAAUGUUGCAGAUGGCUGAGGUCUGGCACGAAGAACGAGUCCAGAUGAAGCUAGUCGAUGUAAAGGUGAUGCUUGAAGAGAAGUAUUCUCAGAUGAACAUGUUAAUAGCAGAACUCGAAUCCUUCCUAAAUUCUCAAAGCUCAAACCCAAAUGCAGGGGAGAUGAAGAAGGCAGGGUUCCUUCGACAGGCAGCUGCCUCUGUGAAUGAACUUACUAGCAGAGGAGGAUCACGUGAGGAGCAUAUCAUCUCCUCCACCACCUCAAGCGUUUGA